AUGUCUCGAUUCACCACCACCAAGAGUCUUUACGACCAGGCUCAGAUCUGCGACGCAAUGCUCCAGGAGCUGGUCAGCCACCGGGUGCAGAGAACCCUUUCGUUCGCGGACGUCCACAACACAUUCCGACGCUUUGUCAAGGAGUCUCGUUUCCUGACGAGCAAGAAAGCAUCGGUGAGAUACCAAGCUAAGCACCCGACGACCAUGGAUCUAUUCACCUAUCUGUUCAGGCUCAUCCGCGUCAACCUUCUGGUGCUUUUGGUUAGGAAAGCCCCGCGGGUCACCUUUUUAGAGAACGUGUACAACUUCAUCAACAAGAUGCGGGUGCAUCUGCUCACCUCCGCUGCGCGGAGCAAACAAGGGCACGGCGGCAAAAGCAAACAUCGCCCCCGGAAGCAUGAGGAGGACCCUUCCAUGUUCUCAGUGUUGGAUACCGAUAACAACGACGUGACAGCUCGAUUCAAGGACUUCGUGUUCCGCAUCAUCAAGCAGAUGUUUCCCCGCGUCGACUCCAAGCUUCACGUUCGUAUCGGGACAAGGCUGGUCGACAGCCGCAUCGCCAUCGGGUAUCACCAGCACAAACAUUGCGGACGAAGCCGGGGGUCGAGUAGCAAGCGGAAGACGGUUCGUUGUGAAAGAAAGCGACGACUGAGGGACAUGCCCGACGUAUUCGCGUGGCCCCCAAUGCCGCGAUGCAAAGACGGUGAGCCCGAGUUCCGAUGCCCCUACUGCAUGGUUUACUUCCCGGUCGGGGAAUUCGAUGAGGCCCGGUGGGAGGAUCACGUUCUGCAAGACGUGCGACCCUACCUGUGCCUCUGGGGCUCGUGCUCCAGCGUCUUCAGCAGCAUGAAGGCAUGGAUCAAGCACAUGGACGACCACCGACGCGCAAGCGCGAGUGGGCAAGCCCAUGCGCUCGAGCAGUGUCCUUUCUGUGGUCUCCGGGAGGAAGACCACGGCUUUGAAGGACACGGGAAUGGGGGCCUCUUGCGGCAUAUUGCGGGCCACCUCGACUACCUUGCUCUGCUUGCUCUUCCCGGGCCAAUGGAUACGCUGUUGAAGAUGCAUCUCCGAGGGAGGAGGAUCGGCAUCGAGCAGUACGAGUCUGCCGAUGACGCCAGAGGGAGGCAACGCAGCCGCUGCGACCUAGCUGCAUUGGGCUCGGCUGUUGGCGAUGUAAGUUCUCGUAGUCCUAGCCCUCUACGGAUCCGUGAUAGAGAUUCUUUGAUGGUGGAACUGGACCGCAGCUCGGUCCGCGGAGGAGAUCCGCAAGGAAACCCGGAAGGAGAACACCACGGUGAACAGGAGCCUGGUGUAGAGUAUGAAAGGAACCCUUUCAGGAAUCCGGCCGAAGAUGAGUCCUCAGAUGAGGAACCCGGGGACCAUCCCGAUCUGGAUUUCGACGAAGAUGAAGAGGAGCAUGACGACGAUCAGCCAGAACAGGAGGUUGUAAACGCCCCUGAAGGAAUUCCCCUAGAAGCCCAGGAAGAGCGCCCCCAAUCCCCAAAAGAGGACCUGGAAGAUCAACCUGAUGCAAACCCCUCUGAAAUAAACCCAGAGGCGGACCUGGAAGAAGAAUUUGAAGGCUCCGACGCUGAAGAGCAGGACCGAGCGAGUAGCCCUGAUGAUGAUGAUGAUGAUGAUGAUGAUCCUGAGGCAGGACCUCAAGGGACGCUUGACGAUAGCCGUCGGAAAAGCCGAAAAAGUAAGAUACCCAAGCUCAGAAAGAGCCCCUUCACCUGA